UUUAUGCUUCAGUGCGUAUGGAAGUGCUUAUCUCGCCAUCAGCAUGUUUAUCUUUUCAACUUGGUUGUAGGAAGCGGAUCCACGGAUAGCAAACACUGGUUGAGCCUUUGUUUUGACAGACAAUAGAUUCUUUCAUUCAGUUGAUACUCCUAAUUCAACUUACAUUUUCUAGUUACACUGUGAAUAUUAUGAGGUCGAACUGUGAUUGUUCGUUAUAUUGGUAGAUUUACAUCAAAUUCGUGUUGUUUUGGCGAAAAAAAAGCCUAAUAGUCUGUAGAUCGUAUUACCUUUUAUUUUUCCGGCUGGGAAUGGACGAAAGACCGGUUCUCAGCAGUAGUAUGGGUCGUAGACUUCUUUGUAUAUUUGUUCGUCUCGUUUUUAUAACAUUAUCUUAUGGAUAUAACUUGGAUACCUCGUCUCCGAUAGUCCAUAUUCAAGAAAGUGGUGGUCUCUUUGGAUUCUCAGUAGCUCAACAUAGUGAAGGCAGCACGAAGUGGCUAAUAAUUGGUGCUCCAAAUGCAAAUACAAGUACUACAAGACAGGGGGCUGUGUACCGGUGUCCCGUCACUUUGCCCAACCCUGGCAGCUGUUCUAAGAUUGACUUCGACAGUCAAGACACACAACCACCAACUCCUAACGUUAGAAAUGACCAGUGGCUAGGGGCAUCGGUGGCUAGUUCAGGAGCGACUGUGGUGGCUUGUGCUCCACGGUUUGUAUGGCGAUACAGCUCCAAUGAGGUGACAUUCCAAGAUGAACCUGUUGGACGAUGUCAUACUGUGACAAAUAACUUCAGAAAUUUUAAGUCCUAUUCGCCGUGCCAUAGGAAUGCAGGUUCAAAUAUAGGCCACAGUGGAAUAACUCACUGCCAGGCUGGGAUGGCUAUAGAUAUUGAUGAGGUCAACAGCCAAUUGUUGUUAGGUGCUCCUGGCAGUUACUAUUGGCAAGGUCAGGGUAUUCUUUUGGACCUUAACAACCCCACCAAUACAUUAGCAGCGAACAAAGAAGAGGCUUUAACAUUUGAUGACAGUUAUAGAGGUUAUUCUGUUGCUUUUCUGAGGCUUGCUGGGCUAGGACUUAAAAAUGUUGUUGUUGGUGUUCCAAGAGGAAAGGAUCUCCUGGGAUUGGUUCAAAUUCUCUCUGAUGUACGAAUAUCAAGCAUAUACCAAGAAUUCCAGAGUGACCAGAUGGGUUCGUACUUUGGUCAGUCCCUUGCAGUCUCUGACUUUAAUGGUGAUGGACGAGAAGACCUUGUUGUUGGUGCUCCAUUGUACGUUGUUACAGUCUCAAGUCAGAAAAGAUGGGAAGCUGGACAAGUGUACAUCUACUAUCAAGAUAGUGUGAAUCGCUUUGGAGCCCCGGAUGUCCUGUCCAGCAGUAAGACGAAGGCUAGGUUUGGAUUUUCAUUAGCUGCAUUGGGUGAUAUUAACCUGGACGGAUUCAAUGAUCUUGCUGUUGGUGCUCCAUAUGAUGGUGAGGCUGGAGAUGGUUUAGUCUACAUCUACUCUGGUCACAAUGGUGGCUUAAGGAAAAGAGCACCACAGAUCAUUGAGCCAUCUGCUGUAUCACCAAACAGCGGACUUUCUACAUUUGGUUAUUCCCUGGCUGGUGGCCUGGACAUGGAUAAUAAUAAUUAUCCAGAUGUGUUGGUUGGUUCUGCCUAUUCAAAUGCAGCUGUUCUAUUAAGAUCACGACCGAUAGUAAAGCUAAGCAAAAUUGUUUCAACCCCCCAACCAUCAGGCAUCAACUUAGAUGAAAGGAAUGACACAGUUAAUGGUGAAAAGGUCGUAGGUUUUGAUGUGACAACUUGUUUUGAGUACAAAGGAAAGUAUGUGCCAAGCGAGAUAAUUAUUCAGUACACAAUAAAAUUGGACUCAACUCAACAAGUUAGUCAGUUAAAGAGGGCACUAUUUAUGUUGGAUGGAACCGAUUCUACAAGUGGACGAAUGAUGUUAAAUGUGACCUACGAGAGUUGUGUGACGCAUAUGGCAUACAUUAAGGUUAAAGACAAGCCCCUCUAUUUUGUGAAUAAUUGUCCAAACAAUAAGUGUAUACCAGAUUUGGAGCUAAAGGCAAAUGUACUUCAAUCAAAGAUUAUUAUUGGUGAUACUAGUGAUCUUGUUGUGAACAUCAGUAUUACCAACAAAGGUCAAAGUGCAUAUCAGUCUAUACUGAAUGUUGUGCUUCCAGAGGGCAUAGGAUACAGUCGCAUAUCAAACAAACAGAAUACUUUCAAGGUUGCUUGCACAGAGGUCCAAGGAGAGACUAGUCAAAUAACGUGUGAUGUUGGGAACCCAAUGCCGGAGAACUAUAAGCUGGAUUUUGAACUUGUUCUUACAACUGGUAAUGUCAUGGGUAAGACAAAUACCCUCAAAAUUGCAAUGUCUGUUGGCAGUUCUAAUGCUGAAGCAGCUGGACAAACCUACAACAAUGAUGUGAAUAUUACAGUUCCUGUUGAUCUACAAUUCAGUAUAAGUCUAAAAGGCUGCUAGAUGACCAAAAGGAUCUAGAACGAGAAGGGGAACGUGUAAGCCGACAAGCAGAAGAGAUUAUAGAGGAAGUGGUGUUUAACUGCGAUGAUAUGAAGUGUGUUAGAAUCACAUGUAUAUUCCGUGAGAUCAAGGGUAUAAGUGCUCUACCUGCUGGCUCCAAUAAAGUAAAAAUCAGCAUUAUGUCUCGUCUAUGGGCUGAAACUUUCCAACAGUAUAAAGAUCGUGUGGAAUUAAUUUCAGUUGCUAAUGUAACAGUCAGGGAUAGUCCAUACGAUAUUGCUAAAAUGGAUGAUUACGUUCAUCUACAAUUAUCGGCUGAGGUGAAGACCACAGCUACACCUGAAGAAUAUUCCCCUCCUCAAGAGCCAAUAAAAUGGUGGAUAUAUGUGGCUGCAAUUGCUGGUGGUCUGCUACUGUUUAUCCUGUUAACUGUUUUGCUAUGGAAGUGUGGAUUCUUCAAAAGGAAAAAGUACCACACGGUGAACCAAGCUACUUUGGCAGCUGCCAAGACAGGUAAUCCUAGCAGCCAUCUUAGCUGCCUAACCAACUAAUAGUUGGCCCACUAGUAAAUAAUUGCCUCACCAAAACUUACUUGCCCUACCAACACCUAUACUUAUUCAACACCUUUUUGCUCACCACCUAGAUGGUCUACUAGCAUCUAGGUUCCCCACUAGUCACUUGCCCCACCAGUCACUUGUCCCAUAAUGUAUACAAUUGUCAAUAUAGUUUACAUUGUUGCCAAAUAGGCCUACUUGUUGUCCAUUAAUUUCUAGGUUGCUACCACUUGACUAUAUAUACUUUUUAUUGUUAUACUAGUACCUAAUUGCUAUUUUACUUGCUACUCCAAAACUACCAUUUAUGAUAACACAGAUACUAUAUAAUAAUUAUAUAAUUAUGCUUCAGUGGUAAUGAUGGCAGUACAGUAUAUAGCGUAGUCGGUUAAUACUAGUGUUAACUAUGGGUAUGCAUGCUUUGACUUUAAGGGAAUUGUAUCCCUGGUUCUAAUCUAUCAUAUUCAGAUUCUCUCUCAGUAAAAUUACAGUUGUAGUCCACUCACUCUCAUUCAAAAAUGAAGUUUAAGCACUCUUUGGAAAAGUGCAAAGAAAUCCAUUUGUUAAUACUGCUCAAUUCACUAUCAGCGAUGCACUGCGUCUGUUGCACACUUUCUCCGGGGUUCUUCCUUGUACUGCUUAUUGCAUCAUCCUCUUAAAUAUAGAUUAUAGUUUAAUGUCUUUUGGAAAAGCAACACACCGGUAUAAGCCAUUGCUCAUGUUGUGUACAACAUGGUUCACAUGCAUAUUAAAGAACAAAGCGUACACAUUUUGAAAAACACCAGGAAUUGCCUUUUUGUGUUAAAACCAGGAGUUGCAUUGCAGGUGCUGUGCCCCCCUCCCCCAAGGUGCUAUAAGCAAAAUUUCUUAACUAGGACAAAUGAAUAUGUUGUUGAUUCACCAUCUAUCAACACAUUCAAGGACAGGGUAUCUGUAUUCACAUCUGAUAAUUUUCUCAAGUGAACAUAAUUAACCACCAUGCAGUGUGAAUAUACUCAUACAAGGUUUAUGCACAUUAUAGGAUGAUGAUUAUGAUGCUUCACUUUUACUUAAUAAAAAUAAACUGUCCAAAACUUGGUGCUAUUAUUAUAUAGUAGGUCUACCUUGCCAGUGCAGUACACCCAUCAUUUAAUAUCAGAUUUCCUCUGUAAUUAUAAUCAAUCCUCCUUUAACAAUUCUCUAAUUUCACUCACUACCUCAUUAUUAUUCAGGGUCUCUCCUAAAAAUUACUUCCUAGCUCUUUUGAAAGUUUAAAAUUUUGAACUGCAUUAUGAAUUCUCUAUGCUGAAACUGUGAACAGGCUAGCAUAACCAUUAACUUUAGCCAAUCAACUUUGACCCGAUUUACACACAACAAAAUGUUACAUAUGAUUCCUACCGAAACACUUUGGUCUUCAUACAAGUGAAUUAAAACCUUGGUAAAAGUCAAUAGCAUAUUUGAUACGCAGGCAGUUAAGAUCUUAUGCAUUUACACAGACGCAAUUUAGCAGAAGACACAUACUAAUGUUCUGUAGCAUAUGUGUAAAGUUUUUUUUCUUGUGUGAAUCGGGUAUAAGUUCAUCUCCAUUAUGGCUCAAUUUCUUGAAAAUACUGUAUAUACUCCUAUAAGUAAUUGUCUUGUAUAUCAAUACAUUUAUAAAUUCUGAUGUUUGUUUAAUUCAUUUAAGUUUUAAUUUCCAGAAAAAUGAUUUGAGGAUUAUUUGGUAAAAAGUGAUGUUUUUUUUAAUUGUUUGUUGAUCUUAAAUUCUGCCUUCCGAUAGGUUGAUGAUUCAUAAUGACGUCUGCUUCCCUCAACCAUCACAACUGAGCGUUGUAAACUGUACUCGCUGUGCUCACACAUCCCACCUGUCAACUUGCUUUUCAUAUUUUUGUACGCAUAUGUAGUUUGAUACUAAAUCGGUGCUGAAUAAUAUUAAAACAUGUAAAUAUUUCCACAUAUACUAAUUCCAUUAGAGUGGUUCUCUCAUGAUGUGAUGUUAUAAAAUUUUAGCCCAGAUAUAUGUAAGGGUUUGACCAUGAAAUGAAUACUUUGAUAAUUGAUUUUAUGAUACUAAUACAGUAGUAUAUAUUUUUUGAGUACUUUGCACAAAUUUGAGUGCUUCCUGUCCUAUUGUUUAUUCCUUGUUUCUUAAAGGCUGAUUUUCUCAAAAGCUCACACCUCUGGAUAUAUCUAUUUUAGGAAAGCUAUUCAAAAAUAACAUUAAAGAUUAUAAUGCUAUCCACCCAAAUAUGCUAUAGAUUCAAUUUUUUUAUUUCCCAACCAUGAGAAUCAUUUGUGGUUAGACCUCGCAUAUUAAAUGCAUGUUGGAAUAAAACAUCCACAGCACUUCUUCCUUUGAUUGGCUGCAUAUACCUUUUAUACAUGUUCAUUGUUAUGCCAAUGCAAUAUUUGAGAGAGCCAUGAUUAACUUUAAAAAAAUAUAUAUUGCCAAAUGUUAUCGCUAUUGUAAUUUUAGGAAAUACUGUAGUAUUUAAAUUAUUAAUGAGAAAGAUAGAACUUGUAAUUAGUGAGUAGAACAAUACAUAUUAAGACAUUUCAAAUUUAUUCAAUAUUUUUCCUGUCAGUAUCUUUAAAAUAAAGUGGUAAUAAUGUAUUUUAAAUUUAUAUUUAUUACUUUUGGAUGUCCACAUAACUUAUUUACCAUAUCUAGAGGCUGUACAAUAUAGAAUGAUAUUUUUAAGCUGUAGAAAUGUUUUGUUUUGUAAAUGUGGACAGAAUUUGUUUUUAGUAGGCUUUGUAAACAAACUGUUUUCUAAUAAAUUUACAAGCUGCUUUACACAUUAAA